AUGCAUAAAGAAAAGUCAAAAUCGAACAGUUCAGCAGCCCGGGAACCUAAUGGCUUUCCCUCUGAUGCCUCAGCCAAUUCCUCUCUCCUUCUUGAAUUCCAGGAUGAAAACAGCAACCAGAGUUCCGUGUCUGAUGUCUAUCAGCUCAAGGUGGACAGCAGCACCAACUCGAGCCCCAGCCCCCAGCAGAGCGAGUCCCUGAGCCCAGCGCACACCUCCGACUUCCGCACAGAUGACUCCCAGCCCCCCACCCUGGGCCAGGAGAUCCUUGAGGAGCCCUCCCUGCCUGCCUCAGAAGUUGCUGAUGAACCUCCCACCCUCACGAAGGAAGAACCGGUUCCAUUAGAGACACAGAUUGCUGAGGAAGAGGAAGACUCAGGCGCGCCUCCCCUGAAGCGCUUCUGUGUGGGCCAGCCCGCAGUGCCGCAGACAGCGUCGGAAAGCUAGCACCACCCUGGCGCCCUUCGCCUCCUGGCCCCAGGCCUCUCUUGCAUUCUGGUUCUGGCUGUGCUGUGCUGCUGGGCUAAGGGCAAGCACUGGGCUCCAGAGCCUGCACAUAGGAGCCUUCUGGGCUGGAAGGCUGACAUAGGACUGGGGGUCGUAACGUCAUCUUCCCGUCCCUGGCACCUGUGUCUGCUUGAUCCUGAGAAGAGGAGCACUCCUGUCCUUUUUGCACCCCAAGUAGGCUGGAGCAUCGGCCACUCCAGGGUUCAUCUGUCACCUCCAGGUAGCAGUCUCUGCUCCGGAACCUCUGGACUGAGCUGCUGGUGCUUCUACAAGAGGAAAGAGAUGUGGAAGGCAUCCUCUAGAGAAGAGAGUGCCUAGGGCUUACUUGAAUUGAAUGGAGACUGUAGAUUCAUGGACUUUCCCAUAGGGCUAGGGGCCCUGUAGGCUGCUGUUGGAGAAUGCCUGAGUAGACUCCGGAGGCAAGGGAAGGGCUUCGCUCCAUGAGAGGGCGGAAAAGUCCAUAUAGAUUUCUUGCUAUCCUGGCACUUCUGCCCAUUCCUGAGGUUAUCCUGCCUCUCAUGGGCUCUCUGGCUGCUGACAGUCCUUUGUCCCCCACUGUAACCAUCCCCUUCCUUCAGCACGUGCAGCUUUUGCUGUUUCCACCUGGACAUUUCAUUCCAGCAUCCCCUGCCUCCCGCCACGGUCCCCAGCACUCCUGCCGCAAACUCUGCCCCAGCGAAAAUUUGAGGUUCUGACAACAGCACCCAUUCCCACAGUACUCCUUCAGCUCAGACUUUCUAGAAAGUUCCCUUUUCUUUGAAAUCUGCAUGUUUAAUUGAACCUCGUGAUUUUAUUUUUUGUUUCAAAAAAGUUUAAGAAAAUGGAAAUGGGCAACAGUGAGUGAAGACAUAUUUUAGCACCGAAUAGAAUAUUUUUAAAAUUAAACUAUUUGAAAUAUG